AUGUCUAAAUUAUUCAUUGGUGGCCUUGCUUGGCACACAGAUGAGGACGCUCUCCGUAAGAAGUUCUCUGAAUUCGGAAACGUUGAAGAAGCAGUUGUUGUCAAGGACCGCGACACUGGUCGUAGCCGUGGUUUUGGCUUCGUUCGUUUUGGACAAGGCAGCGAUUCAUCUCCAGAGGCAGAUGCUGAGAAGGCCAUUCAAGAAAUGAAUAGCGUUGAAUUCGAUGGCCGUACUAUUCGUGUCGACAAAGCCUCCGAACGUUCAGGCAAUGACCGCUCUGGUGGUGGUGGUGGCGGAUUCGGUGGUGGCCGAGGCGGCGGUGGAUACGGAGGCCGUGGUGGUGGUGGUUAUGGAGGCGGCGGUGGAGGAUACGGAGGUGGUCGUGGAUACGACAACAACUCCGGUGGUGGUUACUCCGGAGGUGGUGGAUAUAGCGGAGGUGGUGGCUACUCUGGUGGCGGAGGCUACAACGGAGGUGGUGGUGGCGGUUACUCUGGUGGCGGCGGUGGUGGAUACUCCAGUGGAGGAGGAUAUGACCGUGGACAAGGUGGUGGAAACGCUGGCCAGUGGGGCAAUCAAUAA